CUUCUGUCAGUAGUAAGCAUGGCCGAAUCUACUUCCGCUAGGCCAGGGGUCAAGGGUGAGGCAAGAUGGCGGCGCCCAUAAACGGUUGAGGCGUGAAGCGAAGGAUGCUGGCGGUGGCCCGGGCUCUGCUGGAGCGGCGGCUGAGGUGGCCGGUACCGGCUCGCGAGCACUGGAGACCGGCCGGUCGUUCACGGAGCCGGCGAGAAGCGGCCGAGGCCGAGGCGGACGCUCCGGUGUUCCAGUACGUGGGCGAGCGCGCGGCUCGCGCCGAUCGCGUGUUCGUAUGGGGCUUCAGCUUCUCCGGGGCUCUCGGAGUGCCCAGCUUCGUGGUGCCGUCCUCGGGGCCCGGACCGCGCGCCGGCCUGAGGCCCCGACGUAGGAUCCAGCCGGUACCCUAUCGUCUGGAGCUGGACCAUAAGAUUUCCUCUGCUGCCUGUGGCUAUGGAUUCACAUUGCUGUCCUCGAAAACCAAGGAUGUUACAAAAGUCUGGGGCAUGGGACUCAACAAAGAUUCCCAGCUUGGAUUUCACAGGAGCCGGAAGGAUAAAACCAGGGGCUAUGAGUAUGUCCUGGAGCCCUCGCCUGUCCCGCUGCCCCUGGACAGACCUCAGGAGACAAAGGUGUUGCAGGUGUCCUGUGGUCGAGCACACUCCCUUGUCCUGACAGACAGAGAAGGUGUCUUCAGCAUGGGGAACAAUGCCCACGGGCAGUGUGGACGGAAGGUGGUGGAGGACGAAGUAUACAGUGAGAGUCACAAAGUGCACAGGAUGCAGGACUUCGAGGGACAGGUGGUCCAGGUUGUCUGCGGUCAGGACCACAGCCUGUUCCUCACAGACAAAGGUGAAGUCUAUUCUUGUGGAUGGGGUGCCGAUGGACAGACAGGCCUGGGUCACUACAACAUCACCAGCACACCCAGCAAGCUGGGCGGAGACCUUGCCGGGGUGACUGUUGUCCAGGUUGCUACCUACGGUGACUGCUGCUUGGCUUUGUCGGCCGAUGGAGGUGUCUUUGGCUGGGGAAAUUCUGAGUACCUGCAGCUGGCCUCGGUCACAGACUCCACACAGGUGAAUGUCCCUCGGUGCCUGCCUUUCUCCGGAGUAGGCAAGGUGAAGCAGGUGGCUUGUGGUGGCACAGGCUGUGCUAUACUGAAUGAAGAAGGACAUGUUUUCGUCUGGGGCUAUGGAAUUCUUGGGAAAGGACCAAACCUCUCGGAAACGGCGCUUCCAGAAAUGAUCCCACCUACACUCUUUGGUUUGACAGAGUUCAACCCUGAAGUCAAGGUUUCCCAGAUCCGAAGUGGGCUUAGCCACUUUGCCGCACUCACCAACAAGGGCGAGCUGUUUGUGUGGGGCAAGAACAUCCGAGGGUGCCUAGGCAUUGGACGCCUGGAAGACCAGUACUUCCCAUGGAGGGUGACGAUGCCGGGUGAGCCUGUGGACGUGGCUUGUGGAGUGGAUCACAUGGUGACUCUAGCCAAGUCGUUCAUCUGAACCUCUCUCUGGGCCUAUCUCCUGCUGGCCCCAGCCUGUAGCUAUAAGGACAGCUUCGGCUUGGCAGAGGCAGGGUGUGGCCACCAGCAGAGUUUCCGAGGGUACAGGGAGAGAUCCAGGGCCUCUGUGGAGCAGGGUGCCUGCUCUGUGCCCUCAGUGGGAAUGUUGUACGAGGAGUCUGUGGACAAGGCCCUACCCCGCUGAGUCUCCUGCCUGCUGAACUCGGCUCAGGAUGGCUACUGUUGGCUUGGCAUGUUCCUGAGGAGUACCAGGGCAUGAAGACCUUGGGUGCCCAGGCAGAUUCCUUUUCCAGGUAACACAUGAUAGCAUCUGGGGAUGUGUCUUGUCUGAGACACUAUUUUUAGGGAAAGUUCACUGCUCAUGACACAUUUGAUAAUAAAGUUUAGAGACAUGACAGGGCACUCAGAAGAACCUGUAGUCUCCUGUCACAAGAGGAUAAACUUGGGCCUCAGCUCAGCAAGAGAGCCAGCUGACUUCAGUGAGGGCCUCUCUGAUCAGCUGUCACCCCAGAGGUUCCCCAGAAGAACACAGUCCAGGAGCCCAGAAUGCCUUGGCUUGAACUCUUCAUGGAGUGGCCAGUGGGAGCCGUGCAGUAUCCUAGCUUUGGAACUCCCUGGCUCUGAGCAGCCCAGAAGCCCCUGAAGAAAGAAGUUGAAGGCCAAAUGAUUGUGGGCUGAGGGCUGUGGAAUCUUGGCUGAAGGGCCGGCCUUAGAAACUGGGAAAAUACUUGUUUUUAAAAAGAACAGUGUUUGAAAGGUCUUUUGGAAUAAAGUCUAUUUUCUGCCUUUUUAAAGA